GUGAUUCCACUCCUCUUCUAGUCUGCUCCAGAGAAUCAGAGAUGGCGAGCUGGAAUUGGGAAGAGACGGUGAGAAAGGCGGAGGAGUUGGUCGUAAAAUCCAUGAAAGGCAAUGACGCAUCACACGACCCAGCCCACGUCUGGAGGGUCAGAGACCUCGCACUCUCUCUUGCUCGCGAAGAACAAGCCCUCUCCUCCAACUCCAACUCCGACUCCGACUCCAUGCAAAUUGUAGAACUUGCUGCACUCCUCCAUGAUAUAGGUGAUUAUAAGUACUUGAGAGAUCCUUCGGAGGACAAACUUGUUGAGCACUUUCUUAUUGACUCGGGCAUAGAGGAGAGCAAGAAAACAAAGAUUAUAAAGAUCAUCAAUGGAAUGGGGUUUAAAGAUGAGCUGGCUGGGCUGACAAAUAGUGAUCUUCCUCUAGAAUUUGGGGUUGUACAAGAUGCUGAUCGGCUUGAUGCAAUUGGUGCUAUAGGAAUUGCUCGUUGCUUUACUUUUGGAGGAAGUAGGAAUAGAGUGCUACAUGAUCCUAACAUUCAGCCACGAUCUGGUUUAUCCAAGGAAAAGUACAUGAAAAAAGAGGAGCAAACUACCGUCAAUCACUUUCAUGAGAAGCUUCUCAAACUAAAGGAUCUGAUGAAAACAAAGGCUGGACGGAAGAGAGCUGAGAAAAGGCACAAGUUCAUGGAGGAGUUUCUUGUAGAGUUCUAUGAAGAGUGGGAUGGGAGAGCUUGAAUGAGGUGACUUUUCUUUCUGAUGUUUCCCUAGAUGAAAUUUUGAAGCAUUCUUAAAGUUCCAAAAGGACUCGAGCAAUGGAACUAUGCUAAAAAAAUAUUCAAUUGUCUCAUGGAUCCUGCUUCAAGAUGUGUGCGGGGUACACGUAGGGGUGACCUUAUGCUACAACUGUGAAGUCUGUAAUGCAUAACAAGUUCAUGCCGAUGGGGAGUGCAAGUAAAUUUGAAACAUUCUACAACCUUUCUUUUCUAUGGUUUGAUGAAACUUUAGUUUGUGUUGUUUGAUAAAUAUGAUGCAUUUGAUACGCACUUGAUUCUA